AUGGCCUUGAAGACUCGUCAGGUCCUCGAGUUGGAGAAUUUUCUGAACAAUAUGGAGUGGAUGUGGGUGCGUCUGGCACGCACCCACAUCAAGCAACCCUUCAAGCCAACCACCUCUCAGGAGAUGCUGCGCAUGACGGAGUUGUUUGUCAAGGAGGAGGGUCUUAAUGGAAAGGAGAAGCUCAAGAGGGCAGAGAAUGCAAUGAACACCUUCCUUUUCGAGGAGUUCGGAGGAGCCUGUGAAGCCUUGGGGAUUGCGAGACCCCUAGUGAAGGUAGGCGACGAGGGCUUUACCCUGAGCAAGAAGUCCUUCGAGCGCCUCAACAAGCUCCAUGGCAGUCUUGGGGGCAAGAAGUUUGGCACGGCCCUGUUGAGAAGCCAAGCGCCCGCCGCUGCCCCAGCCGGAGCACCCAAGCUCCGUUGGUUUUGGGACAGCCUGCCUGCCUUGUCGAAUUACAAGGUCAAGGUCCGUUGGCACCGCGCCUUUUUGCAGCAGCUAUACGACAGCCUCGCUUUCGAUGAGAUCUACUUCCCCAAGAACAUCCGCCUGCUCAGCCACUACCUCAAGAUGCACCUGCGCCACCGCCUCGCGGAAAACCACUUGGACCCCUUCAGCAGCUACAUCGCUUGGUUUGGACUCCGGAGCCCUGAAAAGGUGCCCUUGGCCUUUCUUUGGAAUACGGGGCUGCGGCUCCGGUCCGACCGCAGACAGCGAGUCCUUGUGUUGUGCACCCCACAGAAGAACCCGGACUAUGAGCACCAAUGCCCCUGGUUCUGCUCCCGCGUGGUCCGCUCCGGGGAGAUCGGAGACGAGCGGGUCAUGCAGGUUCACAUCCGGACUGCGCUGCAGGCUGCCAACAUUCCCUUCAACUACGAGGCGGCAGCCUAUCCACUGCUCGACAAGGAGAUGCGGCCCGUCGUCCCAGAAACCCAGCGAGUGCGUAGAGAGUACCUUACCUUCGACCCAGAGGCCAGUGUCGAGUUUGGAGGUUUCUAUGAGCACAUCUAUGAUGAGGAAUUACCUGACCGACAACGUGUACCUGCGAACGCAAGACACUUGAGUAAGGUAGAGUUGCGAGAUUGCGUGGACGAUGCGAUUGAACGUGCCAGGGAGAAUCCCAACGUUGCCCUGAGCCAAUGGUUUUGUGACAAGGGGACGAUCAGAGGAACACCUCAGUUGAUUUUGCCCUUGUCAUUCAAGCUGCCGAGCCUGAACGUGGAUGCCGGGCUUGUUUUGGACAUCUACACUCGAGAAGAUUCAGAUGAUUCUUUCAGUGCGGAGCAACUUCGAGUCAUCUAUCAUGCCAAGACCAUCCCGCCCCUGGAUAUGGCUUUCUCCAAUGUCUUUGUCCUGCAGCCCCGGGGGGGGCAUUGGCUGCAUGCCGGCCAUGAGCAGGUGAGGAAUGCGGAAUGGAUGCAGCAUGAGGCGGUGGAUCCGGAUGUUGAGGAGGUGAAGGAACUCUACAAGGAGAGUGACACCGACUGA